AUGAAAAAGUUGGCACAUUCCAGAAGUUUCGCCGGCAGAGAGUUUGGACAUGAUGCAGUGGAAGAUUCCAAAAAAGAAGUCGCAAUUAGUACUCAACAGGGAACAAUUGACAAGAAAGUGUCCCCGUUUUUGUUUGAAGGAGACAUUUUCCUAUCCCGUCGACAAGCUGUGGAUAUUCUCAAAGCACUUUCUAAGGAUAAAACUAAGAGACUUAGACGAUCCUUUGUCUCCGAUAAAACUGCAAUGUGGAAAACUCUUCCGAUCAAGUACAGAUUCCAUGAGAGUAUAGAUUUCUACACCAUCAGUCAAAUCAUCGCCGCCAUUCGAUUCUGGGAGGAUUCUACGUGUAUCACUUUUGAGAAUGUGUCGGAUGCACCGGAUGGUGACUAUAUAGAGUUUUUCAGUGGACAAGGGUAG